CUCUGAGUGGGAGCUGCACGGAUCUGCCCUCGGCUUUUCUUGCUCCUUGAGUCCUGCUAAAGGGACAGAGCUGGCAAUGUGGGAGCUGCUUCCCGGACAAAGAGAAAGCCCCACCUUCGGCUCAGGGAGCGCCAUGACUGAAGUUGGUUGGUGGAAGCUGACCUUCCUCCGGAAAAAGAAAUCCACUCCCAAGGUGCUGUAUGAGAUCCCUGACAGCUAUGCCCAAACGGAGGGAGGUACAGAACCCUCAGGGCCGGACCCCGGGAGCCCCAACAGCGACUUUAACACCCGCCUGGGGAAGAUUGUGGACAAGGGCACAAAAGGCAAGCACGUCAAAGUCUCCAAUUCAGGCCGCUUCAAGGAGAAGAGUAAAGUUCGACCCACACUGGCGGAGAACCCCAGCCUCUUUGAUGGCCGGGAGGACAAAGGACAGUGAAGGGCCAAGGAGAAUGCUAGCACCUCUUGGCUCCCUGCCAUCAGCUGGAUCUGAGACAGGAGCUUGCCACGCUGGCCUCAUUGGUCAGAGCUAAAGCCACUGUGGGGGCAGUUGACGCCCGCUGGGACGAAAUGUCUGGCUGUUAGGUUUGUAUUUACAUGCCUCACUUUUCUUAGGCCUGGGAGAUCCAGGGUCCUCCCACCCUCCCCUGACACAUACAAAGCACUCCAGUUUAAGGGUGAACACGACCACCUAGGAAAGACAGCCCUCCUUGAAGCAAUGGCAGGGCCGGCGGGGAGGUGGACUUAGCAGGGAACCGAGAAAGGAAGCUGGACAGACUUCACCUCCCCCCAGGCACAGGGUCAAGGGUGAGUUUGAAUUGCCGCUCCCUCUACUUUCUCUACCUGUGACUAUUCCCUGGACCAAUCCUGAGAAGAGCACAUGUUCCAGAAGCCACGUGAUGGGGGGUGGUUUCUGUGGAGCCGGAGGCAGAGACACUGAACUUGAGCUCAUUUCCUAGCACAAGUGUAAACUUCCUGGAACUUUGUCCCCAGGUGUGGAGGGGGCAGAAAACUCUGGCACUCCAUGGGGCCUGCCACAGAAGGCCAAGGGUCCAAACUGGUAGGAGCUAAAAGCAGCCAGUUUCCUCCUCUUCUUUCCCUACUAGUAUAUAAGACAGAUCAGCUCCAGAGAUGAGUCCUGGGGCCUCAAAUUUCAUCUAAAAAAAAAAUCAUAGGUUUCUCUUCGUAAUAAACAAUGCUGCAAAAGCAGAGAACCUG